AUGUCAACAUUUCUAUUUUUGUUUCAUCUUUCUUUUGUAAUUACUCGAGUUCUAUCUACGUGCCUCGUGCUUGUGCCCACAUUCACGCAUAUGUCUUUCUCUCUGAUUGGAGAUGUGAGUGCCAGGAAAUAUUCACUCCAAUCCUUCUUUUUUUUUUUUUUUCCCCCCAAUGUUCUUUCUUCCCACCCGCAAUACCCCCCACCGGCAGCCACAACCCUUCUUUCCCCCUACCACCUGCAAUUGUCCUUAAACAGUGGUUCUUUUACCCAGCAAUCCUUCUCCUCCACCUAUAAUCCUUUUCUCUACCAAACCACAAUUGUUCCUUUCCCCCUACACACGUUCCUACUUUCCUCCACCUGUAAUCCUUCUCUUCAAACAAUUCUCCCCUACAAUCCUUCUCUUCUACACCCACGAUCCUUCUCCCGCCCCAUGAUCCUUCUUCACUCCCCCCACGAUCCUUCUUCCCCCCCCACAAUCCUUCUUUCCCACCACCCACAAUCCUUCUUUCUCACCACCCACAAUCCUUCUUCACUCCCGCCCACUAUCAUUCUUACCUUCACCCAUGAUCCUUUUCUUCCCAAUCCAUAUUUUUUAAUUGAAAUUCCUUCUGCCUUUCAUUUGUCAUUUCUUCUCUUUCAUUUAAUUUUUCUUCCUUUUGUCUUUUUCUCUUUCUUUUUCUUUCGCUUUCCUUUUUUCCUUUCCUUUCCUUUUUUCUUUUCCUUUCCUUUUUUCUUUUCCUUUCCUUUUUUCCUUUCCUUUCCUUUUUCCUUUCCUUUCCUUUUUCCUUUCCUUUCCUUUUUCCUUUUUUCCUUUUUUUUUUUUUCCUUUUUUCCUUUCCUUUCCUUUUUUCCUUUCCUUUCCUUUUUUCUUUUCCUUUCCUUUUUUCCUUUCCUUUCCUUUUUCUUUUCCUUUCCUUUCCUUUUUUCCUUUCCUUUCCUUUUUUCCUUUCCUUUCCUUUUUUCUUUCCCUUUCCUUUUUUCUUUCCCUUUCCUUUCAUGUUUUCUUUCUUUUUCUUUCUUUUUUAAAAUUUCCUUUCAUUUUUUCUUUCAUUUUCCUUUCAUUUUUUUCUUUCAUUUUCCUUUCAUUUUUUCUUUCAUUUUCCUUUCAUUUUUUUCUUUCAUUUUCCUUUCUUUUUUUCUUUCAUCUUCCUUUCUUUUUUCUUUCAUCUUCCUUUCUUUUUUUUCUUUCUUUUCCUUUUUUCUUUCAUUUUUCUUCCUUAUUUUUUCAUUUUCCUGUUCUUAUUUUUCCUUUUUCUUUUCUUUUUUUUUAUAUUCAUUUUUCUUUCUUUUUCUUCCUUUUUACUUUUUCUUCUUUUCCUUUUUCUUACAUUUUUCUUUCUUUUUUGCUUUUUUCUUUCCUUUUCAUUUAUUUUUCUUCCUUUUCCUUUCCUUUUUCUUUUUUCUUUCUUUCUAUUUCUUUUUAUCUAGACUUUCUUUAGAAGCAUUCCUUUGUUCUCUGUUAAAUGUAACUGAUGAUAAUAUUGAUUUGAUUGCUAUUGUAUUUUCAUUUCUAUCUAUCUAUCUAUCCAAUAUUUAUCUAUCUAUCUCUGUUCAAUAUCUAUCUAUCUAUCUAUCUAUCUAUCUAUCUCUGUUCAAUAUCUAUCUAUCUAUCUAUCUAUCUAUCUAUCUCUGUUCAAUAUCUAUCUAUCUAUCUAUCUAUCUAUCUAUCUAUCUCUGUUCAAUAUCUAUCUAUCUAUCUAUCUAUCUAUCUAUCUCUGUUCAAUAUUUGUCCAUCUUAGUAUUCCAUUUACUCAUUACCAGAAUUUGA